AUGUCUGACAAUAUCAAGGACAAAACAGAAGAGGAACUGAGCGCUCUUCUCGAUCAAACUUUGAGUGAAUUCGAUAGUCCACCAGCUCCAAAACCACGAAACACUGACGAUGAACUCGACGAAUUAAUGGCUUCAGCUGAUCAAGAAGCUGCCCAAAAAGCUGCUAAAGAUUUCCAGAAAAUGCUCGAACAAAUGGUUACACUUCAGGAAGAAGCCAUGAAAAAGGCCGAAACCGAAGCUCAAACAGGCACCGGAAAUCAAGAAUUCGAUCCAAAUGAUCCGGAAGCAUUGGCUAUGAUGGAUGCAUUGAAACAAUUGAUGGAAUGCUCAUCGAAUGUGGCAAAUGCAAGUAAUCCAGAGGAAUUCAUGGCUGGACUCGAUAUGCUUCGCUCUCCAAAUUCACCGAUGGAACCAUUUAUGAGUAUGAUUAUGCAGACACUGGCAUCGAAAGAAGUGAUGUAUCCUCCAUUGAAAGAGAUUUUCGAUAAUUAUCCGAAAUAUUUGGAAGAGAAUGGAGCUAGUUUGGACGCUGCAACAAAAGAAAGAUAUGAGAAACAAUUUGAGGUUCUCGGGAAAAUCUGUUCGGAAUUCGAAAAGCAACCCGACGCAGCCGAAGUUGCUCUACCGGAUGCCGCCACUGAACCAGGUGCUCAACCUAAUCCAGAUGCCGCUGAUAUCCAACAUUUCGAAUUACUCGGAAAGUUGCUCGUCGAGCUUCAACAGUACGGAUAUCCACCAAAAGAACUCGUCGGAGCACUUCCAGAAGGAUGGCAAAUUGAUGAGAACGGUCUUCCAAAGGUCGCUGACGCCGCUGCCGCCACUGAAGCUUGUACCAUCAUGUGA